UGCAACAUGAAUCGUGCAAUGGCGGAUAACCGGAGACCAUCGGUGUCCUCCCGGAAGGGGCGAAAGACAAAUGGCACUGGUCAAGUUGGUCCUGAGUCUGUUAAAAAGACCACACAAGACAGUCUUUUGGCAAAAGAAGAAGAAUACAAGCGCCUGAAUGCUGAGUUGGAGGCAAAAACAGCUGAGCUUGUUCGCAAAGCUGAAGAAGUGAUGAGAGAGCAACAUGAGCUGCUAUCACAACCAGCACUGACACAGGUUAAACUUUUUGAUGAAGAUGAGGAUGAAAGCCUGAGGUAUUUGUUGUCCCCUGAAGUACCAACUUUAACCCUUCCACGGAAUACGAAUGACAGUAAACCUAAUACAAAAUCCACAAAGUCAUCAGCUCGGAGCAGGCCAUUUUCUGCAAACAAUGGGAAAAAACAAAUGCCUAGACCUCGACCGAAAACUACCGAGACACAAGCUGCCAGUGACGUUGCAAUCCCUACAGAUAUCACAGACUUCUCCCUUGCAAAAACCAUUAGCAAGAUUGAAUCUAAGUUGGAGGAGGGAGAGCUGCCAGAAAACACUGAAGAUGAUGUCAUUCUAGGAAUAAGCAAUGAAAUUGGUGCAGAAGCUCAAAUUAGAUUUCUGAAGGCAAAGCUGCGAGUCAUGCAAGAGGAGCUGGACAACAUAACUCAUGAAUGUAAUAAAAAGGAUGAUGAGAGCCGAACACUUCUGACUCGUGUAAAAGAACUGGAGGAGGAGCGUGUACGACUACAGAGAACAGCAAAUGUACAGCAGACCCAAGCAGAGAAAUAUAAAGCUUUAUCUGAGGAAGCAACUAGAAAGAAUGAUGGAUUCCAGCUUCAGAUUUCCUCCCUAGAAAAGGAAUUGGAAAACUUUAAGAGAGUACAGAAGCAAUCUGCUAGUAACCAGAGUGCCAUUGAGGUUCGCUUGAACAGAGCCCUUGAAGAAGCUGAUAGAUAUAAGAUGGAGCUCAGUAAGCUAAGACAGAGUAAUAAGGACACCGCUUAUCAAGAACGCAGAAAGAUUGAUGAACUUAAAUUGGAAAACAAGAAGCUGGAAAAACAAAAAGCAGACUUGAUGGCUGGAUUUAAGAAACAACUCAAACUUAUUGACAUUUUAAAAAGACAAAAGAUGCACAUAGAAGCAGCAAAGAUGCUUUCAUUCACAGAAGAGGAGUUCAUGAAAGCCUUGGACUGGGGAGUUUCUUAG